AUGAAUCUGAGUGAAGAGAAAUAUGUAAGGUUCGAAGAUUGCGAUUCCGAAAAAUCCUUCAGCCUCAACUCCACCCCACGCCGUGGCCUAAUCCCAAUACGAAAACCAAGAAUAAGCUCGAUUAUCGAUGGGAUUAGAAGUGGUGUUAGUAGAAGCUCUAAAAGAAUAAAAAGCUUGAGAAAUUGGUCCUUGCAUGGCUACUACUAUUCACCGAGCAAUAGCAAGCCGACAAAAAUGACGAAGAUUCUCGAUCCUCAAGAGCCCUUUCUUCAGAGAUGGAACAAAAUAUUCGUGCUCGCCUGCAUUGUUGCCGUCUCGCUCGACCCACUCUUUUUCUACAUUCCGGUUGUGGAUGGUGAGAGGCGGUGCCUUUCCCUCGACAAGAGGCUUCAGAUCAUAGCUUGUGUUCUUAGGACGUUUAUUGACUUCUUUUACGUGUUUCACAUUUAUCUCCAAUUCCGGACCGGUUUCAUUGCACGAUAUACUAUGGUGUUCGGGAGGGGCGAGUUGAUCGUCGAUCCUAAAGCAAUCGCGAAAAGAUACUUGUCGUUUUAUUUCAUCAUCGACGUUUUGUCGAUUGUUCCUCUCCCACAGGUGGUAAUUCUAGCUGUGAUUCCAUGGUUACACGGCCCGAUUUCUCUGGUGACUAAGGACCUGGUGAAGGCUGUUAUAUUCGUUCAGUACGUUCCGAGAGUUUGGCGAAUAUAUCCGUUGUACGAGGAGGUGACAAGAACUUCCGGGAUAUUCACCGAGACGGCAUGGGCCGGGGCUGCUUUCAAUCUCCUUCUCUACAUGCUUGCUAGUCAUACGAUCGGAGCCAUAUGGUACAUGAUCGCGGUCGAGCGCAGAGACCGGUGCUGGCGCCAGGCGUGCCGCCAUCACGGUGGCUGCAACUUAAACGAUCUCUACUGUGGCGGAGUAGUUCACGGCAACACUUCCUUUCUGAGUUCGUAUUGUCCACUGCUCGAGCCGGAUAAGAUAACCAGCCCCAACGAGUUCGAUUUCGGCAUCUUCCUCGACGCACUCCAGUCCCAGGUGGUCGAACACAGAGACUUCCCCAAGAAACUUCUGUACUGCUUUUGGUGGGGUCUGCGCAAUUUGAGCUCACUGGGCCAGAAUCUGAAAACAAGCACUUUUGUGGGGGAGAUUCUUUUUGCUAUCUUCAUCUCCAUUGUUGGGCUGGUUUUGUUUUCCCUGCUCAUUGGGAACAUGCAGAAAUAUUUACAAUCAAUCACAGUAAGGGUUGAGGAAAUGAGGGUGAAAAGGCGAGAUGCCGAGCAAUGGAUGUCUCACCGUAUGCUUCCCGAGGAUUUAAGAGCACGCAUAAGAAGAUACGAGCAGUAUAAAUGGCAACAAAACAGAGGGGUUGACGAAUAUUCUUUGAUCCGUAACCUUCCAAAGGACUUGAGGCGGGACAUCAAGCGUCACCUCUGCUGGACUUUGCUCACAAGAGUGCCGAUGUUUCAAAAAAUGAACGAGCAGCUGCUAGACGCCAUGUGUCAUCACCUGAAGCCGAUCCUAUACACAAAGGACAGCUAUAUAGUCCGCGAAGGGGACCCCGUGGACGAGAUGCUCUUCAUAAUGAGGGGCAAAAUAUAUACGAUGACCACCAAUGGCGGCCAAACGGGCUUUUUCAACUCUACUUAUCUAAAGGCGGGUGACUUUUGUGGGGAGGAACUCCUGACGUGGGCCCUCGACCCAAACUCCUCGACCACUCUUCCUAUCUCGACCCGGACUGUGAGGGCUGUCAAGGAUGUCGAAGCCUUUUGUUUGAUGCCCGAAGACUUGAAAAGUGUCGCAUCCCAAUUCAGGCGCCUUUUCCAAGGCAAGCAGCUUCAGCACAUUUUCAGGUCGUCAUCCCCACAGUGGAGGACGUGGGGUGCCUGCUUCAUACAGGCGGCUUGGCGGCGGCACUGCAAGCAGAAGAUUGAGAAAUCUCUCCAAGAGGCUGAAGAUAUGCUGAAAAACCAGCUCCCAGAAGGCGGGAACACAACGAGCCUUGGUGCCACCAUUUAUGCAUCGAGAUUUGCCACUCAUAUGCUAGGGAACUUAAAACGCAAUCGACCCCACAUUAACACCAAGCCCUCGACAACCAGAUUAUCACCUCUGCUGCCGCAGAAGCCGGCUGAGCCCGAUUUCAGCGCACAAAACCGGUCAUAG